UUUCAGCCCGCGGACCGGAAGCCAGCGAUGGCGCGGAACGUGCUGUACCCUCUGUACCAGCUGGGCAACCCCCAGCUCCGGGUUUUCCGCACCAACUUCUUCGUUCAGCUGGUGCGGCCUGGCACAGCCCAGCCCGAGGACACGGUGCAGUUCCGGAUCCCCAUGGAGAUGACCAGGGUGGACCUGAAGAACUACCUCGAACGCAUUUACAGCGUGCCCGUGGCCUCCGUGCGGACAAGGGUGCAGCACGGUUCCAACAGGAAGAGGGACCACAGGAAUGUCAGGGUGAAGAAGCCCGACUACAAGGUGGCUUACGUACAGCUGGCGCACGGACAGACCUUCACGUUCCCCGAUCUCUUUCCUGAGAGGAAGCCGAGCCCCGAAGGCGACUCUGUGGACAAGGACCUCCAGCAGCAGCUCCUGGAGGAGCAGCAGGCCAGGCAGAGCCAGGACCCGCGGCGCGGCGGUGUCCCCGAGUGGUUCGGCCUGUGAUGGGCCGGUGGGCGCAGGGCUGACGGCUUCAAUAAAGUGCUGCAUGCCUUGAG